CUCAAAACCUCCACCUUCUCUCUAGCUUUCCAUCAUCUUCUUCACAGGGCUGCCGCCGACACCACUCUGGUGACCGGCGGUGGCCCAAAUUCUCUCUUUUUUCUUCCUUUCUCUUGCUCGCCGGAUUUCCUUUGUGGUUUCCUUGCUCUCCGAUCAGUGCUGGCUUUUCCUGUUUCCUUUGCCCUUCUCGGCUUUUGCAGAUCUAUUCUGAUUUUCCAGCCCUCGAUGGCUCUUCCAGCCCUUGGUGGCUUUAUCUCGGUUCCUUAGUGGUUCCUCCCACUUUCCUCCCUGGUGGAGAUGUUGUGUCUUGUUCAGAUCUAGUUUUCUAGAUCUGUUCCUCUGUUUUGGGUACGGAAGAUGCAAUUUGGGGGUGCUUCUGCUGGUUCGGUUUGAAGAUUUCCUCCUUCUUGGUGUGGUCGUUCCCGUGGGCGAUCACGUUCACUGUUGCGCCUCUGCUGUUGUGCUCCUUUCUUGAUCUCUGCAUCUUUGCCAAUCGUCAGUGUGGGUGGCGGUGUCUCUUCCGAUUGUCAUGGCGGAUGGUCCAUGUUUCUAUGAGAUCAGAGUUCUUCUUUUGGGUUGAUUUGCAGUGUGGGUGUGGGUUGUUGUUGAUGGAUUGGGUUGUGCUGCUUGUUGGUGUUCCUGUUCUUGGAACUCUUUUUGGCUUUGUGUUUCUGCAGGUGAGGCUCAUGCUGGUGGGUCUUCUUUCUUGUGGUUUUUGUGGGCAUUUCAACCCUUUGUGUUCCCUGCUCUCUGGUUUGUCAUGGAUGCUUCCGCUGCCGGCUCCCUCUCUUUGUUUCAGCUCUGAACAAUCCUGUAUAGUGCUGCCCACCGCCAUGUAAUCUCCUCGGUGAUUCACUGUGAUGGGUCGUCUUCGAACAACUCCCAGGAGGCGGCAUAUGGUGUUGCAAUGUUCAAUCAUCAUGGUCAUUGCUGUAUUGGAUGAGCUGAAGCUUUCCUUUGAGUUUUUCUGAUAAAUGAGGUUGCAAAGAGUGAUUCAGAUGCUUUGGUUUGCGGUUCAAGAAUGGAAUGCCCUUGUCUAGUUGGAUCAUGCUUGGCUUUCUCUUGUUCUGAUCUUCCCCUCGUUGGUUUGUGUGUUCCUCUAGAUGUUGAGGUUGUUCUUUCUUGAUUUGUUUUCUCAUGUUGUAUCCCUCUUUGUAACCGAUUUUAUUAGUUGAGCAAUAUAAGUGAUCCCUUUGUCAAAAAAAAAAACCUUCCAAAUCUCUCUCCUUCUUCCCCAUUCUUCCCCAGAAUCACUCCCCCUAUUCCUCCUCCCCAACUUUCAAACUGACAACCACCAACCUUCACACUCACCACCUCUCUUCAAUCCACCUCAACUACCACACCGAAUUCAACCCUAACCAAGAUCUAUUUCCAAUCCGCAACAGCCACCACCAACCCCAAGAUCUAACUCACUGCCGCUCCUGCUGCAACAUCGAUGGCUUCAGAGCUUUAAAUCGCCGCAAUCCCGCCGGCAAAACUUCGAUUCAUGAACACGGUUUGAGUUAGAUUAGCGAUUGAUUGAGCUCAAAGCUGCGAGGGUUUUGUGGUCCUUACCAAUAGAACGAGUGCGGAUGAUCUGGAGGCUCCGUGCCCAUCAAACAGAGGAAACGACGUACGGAGGAAACGGUGCGAAGUCGGCGUCGCUUUUGGUCGGCGUCUUUGCUGGUUGUCAUUUCAGUGGUCUCCCCGGGAUUUGGGGGGGAGGGGGGACCUGGCUUGCUACUGGUCGAGGGAGGAGCGGUAUCGAGGGAAGCGAGAUCGGAGAUGGGACUAGGAGGUGGUGGCGAUUGGUUUUGAUCGUCCGUGGAGGAAGGAAAGACGGCUGCGGGCGGAGGCAGAGAGAAGAGAGGGUUAGAGGGAUGUGAGAUAAAAUUAUUUAUUUAUUGUUUGUUUUAUUUAUUUUUUUUAGUUUUCAUAAAUAAUUAAAAAUUGUUCAGAUAAAAAAUAAAUCAAAAUGAUGUGGCAAUGAUAUUGAUGACUUGUCGCUGACGUGUGUGAUGAGUUGGCAGUCACAUCAUCAUUCCGUUAAUUAGACUAACGGUGUCAUUGACGCCGUCAAACUAUGUAACAGAAAUGGCUAUAUUUGUCAUCGAACUUUCAAAAUUAUGGCUAUUUCUGGUAUUUCUCCAAAAGUGGUUAUAUUUAUCACAAACGUCAAAAUUUUGGUUAUACAAGUGAAUUUGACUUUUUUUCUAACCCGUCUCUAAUUGGCUAGGAUCGAGUUUUGAAUGUAAAUACAUGAUCAUGUUAUGU